AAACACCACUGAACAAAAAAAGGCUCUCUCCAUUCUCUCUCUCUCUCUCUCUCUCUCUCUGCUUACUUCCACUAUUUCAAAAAUCACCAAAACCCUAACCCUAGUUUCUCUCUCUCACUGCAAAGCCACACAUCAUUAGGGUUUUUGAUUCUCCACCCCAUAAACACGCACAUAUUAGUACAUAUAUAUAAUUAUAUAAAGCAAACAAUUAUAAAUUUUCGAAUAUUUUGUUUUUUUUUUUUUUAUUUAAAUUUUUUGUGGGGUUUUUGAAAUGGUCACUGGUAUUGGUGGAGGCGGGUCACGAGUGAUCGAGGGAGGCGGUGGGACUCAGAAACUGUCAGCAGGGGUGAGGAAGACGAUCCAAUCCAUCAAAGAAAUCGUGGGUAAUCACUCUGAAUUGGAUAUCUAUGCGGCUUUGAAAGAAGCCAACAUGGAUCCUAAUGAAACCACCCAGAAAUUGCUCAUCCAAGAUCCAUUUCAUGAGGUGAAGAGAAAAAGAGACAAGAGAAAGGAGAAUAUGGGGUACAAGGCUCCUGUGGAUCCACGAAGACAUUCUGAGAGUGUUGAUCAAGGGAUGAAUGGUCAAGCAAUGAAAUUUCAUACAUUUUCUGAUCGUAAUGUCCGGAGAGGAGGCUAUACACGGAAAUCUGUACCUGGCAUCAAGUUCCGUGUUGUGAGAGACAACAGAGUUAAUCGAAAUGUGGAUAGAGAAGUGAAGCCCGCUUUGCCGCAAUGUACUACAUCCACUAAUGAGCAAGUGAUCUCAAAUGUUUCUGAAAAGGGUUCAUUAGGAACCUCAAGCAGUCAGAAGUCCUCUGGUGGACGGAGUUCAUCUCGGACUUUGAAUGGACCAACUGAGUCAUACCCUAGACAUGCUCAAGAUGCCAAUUCAAGUGACACUUAUGGGAAAGGAGUAUUAGGUGAAAAGCGGGCUUCAACUCCAAAUGCUAGGGCUUCAACUCCAAAUGCAAGGGCUUCAACUCCAAAUGCAAGUUCACGGCUGCAUGCGGUGAAGCCAAACAACUCUCAACCAAGUCCUGCAACUCUAGCAUCAAGCAGUUCUGCUGUUGGGGUGUAUUCCUCUUCUACAGACCCGGUUCAUGUGCCAUCUCCAGAUUCCAGAUCAUCAGGCCCUGUUGGAGCUAUUAAACGUGAAGUUGGUGUCGUCGGUGUUCGUCGACAGUCUUCUGAAAACUCUGUCAAACAGUCAUCUGUACCAAGUAGUUCUUUCUCAAAUUCAAUUUUGGGAAAGGAUGGUUCCUCUGCAGAAUCAUUUCGACCUCUCAAUGCCAUUUCCAGAACUGACCAACUCAGUCAAGCUACUACAACUGAUUCUGUUAUGCCCAGCAUGCCAGUCAACCGCCCAUUAUUAAAUAAUCAGUAUAGUAGCAGGCCACAUCAACUUGUGGGUCAUCAAAAAGUCUCUCAGCAUAAGUGGAAACCUAAAUCAAGCCAAAAGUCAGCUGUUAGCAACCCUGGAGUGAUUGGAACACCUACAAAAUCUGUUUCGCCUCCUGCUGAGAAAUCCAAGGAUUUGGAAUCUGAAGCAGCUACGCUGCAAGAUAAGCUUUCACGAGCACACAUCUAUGAAAAUCAGAAUGUGAUCAUAGCACAGCAUAUUCGAGUCCCUGAAACUGAUAGAUGUCAGCUGACCUUUGGUAGCAUUGGGACAGAGUUUGAUUCUUCAAUGAAUCUUGCUUCUGGACUACAAGCAGUGGGAACUACAGAAGAAUUAAACGGUGAAGCUGCUGCAAGUUUAUUGGUGUCAGCUCCAGAGUCUUCCGGUGAGGAUGUUUCUGGUGGCAAGACGGCAGAGUUACUUGAUGACCAAGUUAGAAAUUCUGGAUCUGAUUCUCCGGCAUCUGGUGUGGCUGUUGAGCAUCAAUUGUCUGAUAAAAAAGAAUCCACAAGCCCUCAGAAUUUGGAGAAUUAUGCAGAUAUUGGUUUGGUUCGAGAGAACAGUCCAUCCUAUGCCCCUUCAGAAUCACAGCAGCAUCAAGAUCCUCCUGAACUACCAGGUUUUUCGGCAUAUGAUCCUCAAACUGGUUAUGAUUUGACCCCCUAUUUUAGACCCUCCACAAUGGAUGAAACUGUACGGGGUCAGGGUCUUCCAUCUCCUCAGGAGGCUUUAAGCUCACAUACUGCCAACAGCAUCCCUGCAUCAACAAUUGCUAUGGUACAACAGCAGCAACAGCCACCUGUAGCACAGAUGUACCCACAAUUUCAUGUUUCCCAUUUUGCUAAUCUUAUGCCAUACCACCGUCAGUUUCCUCCUCCAGUCUAUGUUUCGCCAAUGGCCAUGCCUGGCUACUCUAGUAACCCAGCCUAUCCUCACCCAUCAAAUGGUAGCAGUUACUUGCUGAUGCCUGGAGGUAGUUCCCAUUUAAAUGCAAACAGCCUGAAGUACGGAAUUCAACAGUUUAAGCCUGUUCCUGCUGGCAGUCCCACAGGGUUUGGAAAUUUUACUAAUCCAACGGGAUAUGCUAUCAAUGCUCCUGGUGUAGUUGGUGGUGCAACUGGGCUUGAUGAUUCAUCUCGAAUCAAAUACAAAGAUGGAAAUCUUUAUGUGCCAAAUCCACAGGCCGAGCCAUCCGAAAUUUGGAUUCAGAACCCUAGAGAGCUUCCAGGGAUGCAAUCCACUCCAUACUACAACAUGCCAGGGCAAUCGCCUCAUGGUGCUUAUAUGCCAUCCCACACGGGUCAUGCUUCCUUUAAUGCAGCUGCUGCACAGUCUUCUCAUAUGCAAUUUCCGGGUAUGUACCAUCCUCCUCCACAGCCUGGUACACUUGGUAAUCCACACCACUUAGGCCCUCCUAUGGGUGGUAAUGUUGGUGUUGGUGUGGCUGCAGCUGCUCCGGGGGCGCAGGUUGGUGCCUAUCAGCAGCCCCAACUGGGUCAUCUCAAUUGGACAACAAACUUCUGAAAGAAAAUGUGAAUUUAACCCCUUCGCAUGUAAGCGAUUGAAGUAGCUAUAGAAAAUUUUCGAUUUUCUUUGUGAAAUGAAUAACCAAUUUCUUUUCUAUCAAAUGCAUCGGGUGGUGUUCGGCUUUCAA